UGACUCCAGCCUGCCUUCUGGCUGGGCCAAUGGGCCAUGGUAAUUAGAUCUGGCCAAUGUGGGCCCUGGGCUUUGGCCUGGGGGCAUAAAAGGGGGGCCUGGGGCAACAGACCCCUCAUAUCACUCAGAGGUCUCCUCUCUCUCACCCAACUCCUCCACCCUUAUCCGUCCUCCGCGCCCAAGCCUCUCUCCUCAGCAAGCCAUGGACGUCUUCUCGCCAUCGCAGCUCUACUACGACCGGGCGUGCUCCUCGUCCCCGGACAGCCUGGAGUUCGGCCCCGGCAUGGAGCUGGCCGGCUCCGAGGAGGACGAGCACGUCCGGGUCCCCGGGGCCCCCCACCAGCCGGGGCACUGCCUCCAGUGGGCCUGCAAGGCCUGCAAGCGCAAGUCCAGCUUCGUGGACCGGCGGCGGGCGGCCACCAUGCGCGAGCGCCGGCGGCUGAAGAAGGUCAACCACGCGUUCGAGGCCCUGCGCCGCUGCACCUCGGCCAACCCCAGCCAGCGCCUGCCCAAGGUGGAGAUCCUGCGCAACGCCAUCCACUACAUCGAGAGCCUGCAGGACCUCCUGCGGGAGCAGGUGGAGAGCUUUUACGGCCUGCCCGGGGAGAGCAGCUCCGAGCCCGGGAGCCCUCUGUCCAGCUGCUCUGACGGCAUGGCCGACAGCAAUAGUCCAGUGUGGCAACAGCUGAAUGCCAACUACAGCAACAGCUAUUCGUACGCAAAGAACGAGUGUUUGAGCGACAAAGCGGCCGGAGCCUCCAGUCUGGAGUGCCUCUCGAGCAUCGUGGACCGCCUGUCCUCCGUGGAGUCCAGCUGCGGCCCCGCCGCCGCCCUGAGAGACAUGUCCACCACCUUCUCCCCCGGCAGCUCCUCCGACUCGCAGCCCUGCACGCCGGAGAGCCCCGGAGCCCGGCCCGUCUACCACGUCCUGUGAGGAGAGAAGGGGGGAACCCGGAUGCACGUCGCCACGGCCACGGCUGAGAACUAGCGGGGCGAAGAAUCCGGGGACCUCUGAUGCUGUAAAUGAGACUGUAAAUAUGUAAUGUAAAUGCCCAUCUAUUCUAUUCUAUUCUAUACCUGCUAUUGUAACCAGACAUAUUUAAGUACGGCAGUUAACGCAUUAUUCAAACAUGAAGCGGUAUUUAAGCAAUGUUGUAACUUGUGACCAUUAAAUCUUUGGCUGUUUUGUACAAAAA